UAAACUGCUGUUUCAGGUCUUCACUAUAGCAGUUAACCUACAUCUUAGGAAAUUAGGCUUCUAUGAAAAAAUGAUUGAAAAAUCAUUGAACCAAGCCAAGGUCCACGAGGAGAUUGACAGAGUGAUCAGCAAGAACCGGCAGCCCAAGUUUGAGGACAGGGUCAAGAUGCCCUACAUGGAGGCAGUGAUCCACGAGAUCCAAAGAUUUGGAGACGUGAUCCCCAUGAGUUUGGCCCACAGGGUCAACAAGGACACCAAGUUUCGGAAUUUCUUCCUCCCUAAGGGCACUGAAGUGUUCCCUAUGCUGGGCUCUGUGCUGAAAGACCCCAGGUUCUUCUCCAACCCCCAGGACUUCAAUCCCCAGCACUUCCUGGAUGAGAAGGGGCAGCCGAGACGGAGUGAUGCUUUUGUGCCCUUUUCCAUCGGAAAGCGGAACUGUUUCAGAGAAGGCCUGGCCAGAAUGGAGCUCUUUCUCUUCCUCACCACCAUCAUGCAGAACUUCCGCUUCAAGUCCCCCCUGUCGCCUAAGGACAUCGAUGUGUCCCCUAAACACGUGGGCUUUGCCACCAUCCCACGAAACUACACUAUGAGCUUCCUGCCCCGCUGA